UCACAUCAGGAGCAUUAAAUCUCCUGAAAUCCCCUCUACAGCCGGUGAUUAUUGAAGACAAGUUUUCGAAAAUACAUGCACUCGAAGCACGCGCGCACGUGUACACAAUUUUGAUGGCGUCUUCCUGGCCGUAUUGAUUUCGCGUAAAUUUUGCAUUGACUACGAUUACGAUGGCUAUGUUGGCUGAGCCUAAACGGAAGCAGAAACUCUCUGUUGACCCAAGAAACAAGGCGUGGAUCAGUGAUGGAUGCAAGUUUGGCGAGAAGCUGAUGAAGAAGAUGGGUUGGCAGGAAGGCAAGGGCCUCGGAAUGAACGAAGACGGCUCGACAAGUUCCAUCUCGGUAUCUGUCAAGAACAACUCACUAGGUCUAGGAUUCAGCCAGCAGCAUGACGAUAACUGGAUCGGUCAUCAAGAUGAUUUCAACGAUUUACUGAGUUCUUUGAAUCAAGAUCACAGUAUGUCGGAGGACAAGAAAACACCGAUCGCACCGCAAAACUUGCAAGAGAAAUCUAAGAAAGCAAAACGAUACAAGAAAUUUACUCGUGGGAAGGAUCUAUCGUCUCGUAGCACAAGCGACAUGAAUUGCAUCAUGGGAGUCCGAAGCAACAGCGGUACACCGAAGGACAGAUCACGUGACCCGUCACGUAACCAAUCAGAGACAAAUUCUGCGGCAGGAUCCGACAGUGAUCCCGAGGAUGUCGCGCGGACCGGUUUUGGGUUUGCAUCAACUAGUUCACAGCAAAAUCAUUCCGUUGAGGACAACAGUUUUGGAGUGCAGACUAUCACAAGCUCUAACUCAAUUCAGGAGUACUUUGCACUGAAGAUGAAAGAGUUACACAAAAAACGGAAAGUGGAAGCAGUAUCCGAUAGCAACACUGUUUCUAGUAGCAACAGUGACCCCAACGAUGCAGAAACCAUGGAAACAGAGGAGACUUCAGUGACAUGUAAUAGUGUAGACUCGGAGGAUGUAAACCAGAAGGAAAAAAAGAAAAGGAAGUCAAAAAAGAAAAGAAGAAAAGAAAAACUAGAGGUGCUGGCGGAAGAGCAAAGCAGCCAAGAUUCGAGUCAGGAUGGAGACUGUAGCAAGUCACAUGACAAAUCACAUGACAUGUCACAUGACAUGGCUGAUGGGAAUGAGUCGUCAAGCUUUAGAAGUGAAACAAAUGGUUUAAAAAAGAAAAAGAAGAGAAAAUUGAAGUGUGUAGUAGAAAAUGAAGAUGGAGUUUCUGUUGAUAUUGGGGAAAGGAAAACAGAUAUUGCGAAGAAAAAGAAAAAGAAAACCAAGGAUAGUAUAUGAGGAUAGCAUGCAUUAAUACAAGUUGACAUUUUGUUCUACCAGCUGACCAGAUAAAACUGCACUCUAGUUCAAAUACAAAUUCCAUCCUAAUUUGUGUAAGAUAGUAUACAAAUAACGAAUGUUUAUGAGUGCAAUGGUAAGAAUAAUUUCAUGAGGUGACAGAUGAACAUUUCGUGGAGUGGAAUUGAACAUUCCAUCUGUAACCGAAUGAAAUUAUUCUUUCCAUUGCACAAAUGUGAAACAUUCAUUAUUUGUUUUAUAUCACACCUGACUAAAUCCUCGUCAUCUGAUUGGUCAAAGCCACCAGUAGUGUGACCGUGCAAUGGAACUUCAAUUUACCGUGGAAUAGAACUUCUAUUUUUGCGGUGUGACGGGGCUGUGGGUUGGGACAGAUAUUUCAAUGACGUGAUCAACUUUCCACCAAUCAGAUAACAGGGCAUUUAAAACAGGCCCUUUUUUUGUAAUGUAACAAAUGUAAAUCAAUUUAAUAAUUCAAUAAAAGUAAUAUUUCAUUUCGGAAAUUC